ACAGAAUCUUACUCAACUAGAGGAAAGAUGGCAAGCUCUUUCACACGUAUGUUAUCUGGCCGCAAUACAGCUGUGCUGUUGGCCAGCCUGGGCGCGGGGACGUUGGCGACCGGCUUCCUGUUGAAUGAAAACAACUCUCUGCUGGCUGAUCAUAAAAAGAAGCUCUACCCUCCCAGCUCGGACUUCCCUGACCUGAGGAAACACAACAACUGCAUGGCCACGGCUCUGACUCCGGCCAUUUACGCCAAACUGAGGGACAAGCUGACCCCCAACAACUGGACCCUGGACCAGUGCAUCCAGACCGGAGUGGACAACCCCGGACACCCUUUCAUCAAGACCGUGGGCUGUGUGGCUGGAGACGAGGAGAGCUAUGAGGUGUUUGCCGAUCUCUUUGACCCCGUCAUCAAAGACAGGCACGGCGGCUACGACCCCAAGACCAUGAAGCACCCAACUGACCUGGACGCCUCCAAGGUUACCAACGCUGUGUUUGAUGACCAUUACGUCCUGUCGUCCCGUGUCCGUACCGGCCGUAGCAUCCGCGGGCUGAGCCUCCCCCCAGCCUGUUCUAGGGCUGAGCGUCGUGAGGUGGAGAGGGUCGUUGUCAACGCCCUCGCCGGCCUGAAGGGAGACCUGGCCGGACAUUACUACAGCCUGGAGAGCAUGACGGACAAGGAGCAGCAGCAGCUCAUUGAUGACCACUUCCUGUUUGACAAGCCAGUGUCUCCACUGCUGACAUGUGCCUUUAUGGCCAGAGACUGGCCUGACGCCAGGGGCAUCUGGCACAACAAUGAGAAGACCUUCCUGAUCUGGAUUAAUGAGGAGGACCACACCAGAGUCAUCUCCAUGGAGAAGGGAGGCAACAUGAAGAGAGUGUUUGAGAGAUUCUGCAGAGGACUCAAACAGGUGGAGCACCUGAUCCAGGAGAGAGGCUGGGAGUUCAUGUGGAACGAGCGUCUGGGUUACGUCCUCACAUGUCCCUCUAACCUGGGAACUGGACUCAGAGCGGGCGUUCAUGUCCGCCUGCCAAAACUCAGCAAGGAUUCUCGUUUCAAUAAAAUCUUGGACAACCUGCGUCUGCAGAAGAGAGGAACCGGCGGAGUCGACACAGCUGCUGUCGGAGACACCUUCGACAUCUCCAACAACGACCGUCUGGGAAAAUCUGAGGUGGAGCUGGUCCAGCUGCUGGUCGACGGUGUCAACUACCUGAUCGAGUGUGAGAAGAGGCUGGAGAAGGGCCAGGACGUCAAAGUCCCCGCUCCCAUCGCCCAGUUUAAGAAAUGAACACCACGCUCGUCACUAAACGAGCGUCAGUAGGAGGAAAGACGGCUCUCUGCUCGGUGCUUCCUUCCUGAACUGAGAUGAUGUCCGUCCACCUGCUACACGGAGGAGGAGGGA